AAAAAAAAAAAAAAAAAGUUCCCCAGAGAAAGCUCUAACGGUGCAUUUUUUUUGUGGUUUCAGGUAUUUUCAAGCUGCUUUCAAACAACCUCCACUUUUCACUCUUGAAGUUCAGGAGAUUGGAAAACUCCUUUAAAGCAGACCACCAUCAAGGGCAGAUCACUAAUGUGUAAUUAACACAAAUUCAUAUUCCCCUCCAGCGCCCACUGAAUGUUUAACCCUCAGUUUGGAGUGGGUGUGCCCUGCCAUGAUGUGCUCACAAAGUCCACAGUGUCCAGACGGUCCGGCGGAGUGCUCACCUAGUCCCACCCUUUCUCCCAGCCCACAGUCACCUACCUUUCCUCCCACCCCUGGUCUCUUCUCCUGCUCCUCUCCUGGGGUCCGUUACUUGUCUGAAGCCACCGCUCGCUUGAGUUUUGGAGACACUUUGCUCUUUUUCGCAGCCAGCAGCACCAUGGUUCACCACUGCAGCAGUAACAGCAUCUGCAGAGUCGUCCUUUUGGGGCUCCUCGGCCUCCUGUUCGCCUUUGUAAGCACAGAGACAGUUGCAGACCCAGCUUUGACAUCCAGAGACAACCAGGACACCAUGUCAGGAGAGAUGCCCAGUGAUGUGACCACCAAAGACCCUUUCCAUGAUCUAACAGAGCAUUCCUUCACCUAUGACUAUGAGGACGCCACACACACACAGACUAUAGAUGAGGAAGAAGGGGUCCUGGGGCCAGGGGCCAUCACUGCCAUCGUUAUAGCAGUCUUCCUGGGAGCAUCUGUCCUCCUCGCGCUCAUCGUCAUCACACUCCGGAAGUUCACAGCCUCCUAAAGUGAACACUGUGUAUGUGUUGAGUGUGUUGGCUUGGCAUGAGUGUGAGUCUGUAUAUGUGCGAUUGUGUGUGUGCAUGUGUGUGUGUGUGUGUGUGUGUUCCUCAUCUUGUCUUCUCAACCUCUCAGCUCCUAAAUCACUCUGCCUCCUUUGCAAAGAUGAGUGUGUCUCUGGCUUUGCUGUAGAUGCUGAAGAUGUGGCAGGUCCCUUUAAACGACAGCAGACUCAUUUCAUUUCCUGUAAACAAACUGACAGUUAAAUGUCCAUAUGUUACUAAAGUACAAUGUGAAACUGGCUGGCUCUUCCAGUGGAAACUGCUGCAGCAUACCCAUGUCAUUAUAAAUUUGUUUCAGAUCUUACUUCCUGGCUGACUUUGUCCUGUUUUUGUCCUCACACACUUUGUAGUGAUGUCUCUUACAUGUUUGCUUUAUGUCCAUUUGGGGUGUGUGUCUGCUUGUCUGUGCUUAGUUUCGGUAAUGAUCUUAAUAUCAAUUUUGUUUCACUAUGAAAGUUUUAUUUGUCCUUUGCAGUCAUUGUACCUUAUCCUAAACCUAUUCCAGAACAAAUUCCUCAGUAAAAGUUUGUAUUACACCAUUUACAAACAUUUGUAGAGUCAAAAGAGAAGAAAACAUUCUUAAAAAGACAUGGCAGACGUCUUCGAUGAAUGUAAACAGGGUAAUUGGGUUGUUUGUUUUAUCUGCAAAGCAAAUAUGAAGUGUAGCCAUAUGUGUGUUUGCACUCAAAAGAGUGUUUAUGUUUUUUUUGUUGUCUUUUUAUUAGCAGGGGGAAAAUAGUACAAUGUGGUAAAAGUAUUAAAUAAUACUAUUCUGUCACAGUGACCUUACAGGAUGGAUGUUGCCAUGUAACCUCACUGUCCAGUAAUUAUAUUUGAGACUUACAGCAAAUAAAUAAACCAGAUGGCAAAUGUC